CUCGUGUUUUGGGCCGCUGCUGCCAUCACUGGCGCAGACCGUUUUCACGAAUAUAUUUUUUAUUUUGCGAACGCAAAGUGCAGCGAAUUAGCGCGCUAAUUGGCAUAAAAGGUGUUUCCAGCGAGACGACAGGUGCACUAGACUGAUAAACGCGAUAACCGAGUGUUCAGAUAGUGUAGCAAUCAGUAAAAAAAGGCAUCGCAUCCCCGGCCAUCACACAUACGCACGGCGAAAAGACGCUGCGCGAGUGUGUGUGUGUAGACAAUCGACUUGCGUGGUGCCGGGUUACAUAUUUUUAUUGGAUUUCUCAAGUCGAAUUUAUAGUGCGCCGGAAAAAACAAAUGUGCCUGGCCUGAAGUGGGGCCACAAAUUGGCGGCAGUGCACCGAAAUUCCCGCAGGAAACUCACGACGAAAAGGCAGCCAAGAUGAUGUUCACGGGCACCAACCAGCAGCAGGACACCCGAUUUAGCGACAAGGAGAAGAAGCUGAUGAAGCAAAUGAAGUUCGGCGAUUGCCUAAACAAACGGGUGGACAUGUCCAAGGUGAAACUGGACGUACUGCGUCCUUGGAUCAGCAAGAAGAUCACCGACAUUCUGCACAUCGAGGACGACGUCGUGGUGGAGUUUGUCUACAAUCAGCUGGAGGAGGAGAAGUAUCCGUGCCCCAAGAAGAUGCAGAUAAACAUGACUGGAUUCCUGAACGGUCGCAAUGCCCGCCAAUUUAUGGGCGAACUGUGGGCCUUGCUGCUCUCCGCCCAGGAAAGCGACUCCGGCAUACCGGCGGAGUUCAUCCAGCAGAAGAAGGACGAGAUACUCAAGCGGGAGGAGGAGCAGCAGCGGCAGCAGCGGGACCGCUCCAGAUCCCGCUCCCAGCGGGGAAGCUCCCGGCGAGAUCGCCAGCGUGACCGCUCUAAAACCAAGUCGCGCUCGAGAUCGCGCUCCCUGAAGCCGGCCAACAACAAUGGUUCGGUGCCCAGUGCCGCUCGAGAGGCGGCUGCCAAUGCGGCGGCCAAGAUUCGCAAGCGCGGCUCCUCCUCGGCCGCCCGUCCCGCCUCCAGGGAGCGGCGCACCAGCCGGCGGUCGCGUUCCCGCUCUCGGGGCUCCGGCAAGAAGACCGGCGGCGGCUCCUCUGUGGAGCCCGCACCCGCAAAGACUGUCAAUGGCCGCCACUCGGCGGACAAAGCGUCGCCGCUGCCGCCGCCCAAGGAAAAGUCUCGUUCCCGCUCGCCUCGCAGCCGUUCCCGCUCGCCGCGCAGCCGCUCGCGUUCGCCCAGCGCCAAGCGGUCGCGCUCCCGCAGCUCCUCGCGUCGCAGCCGCCGUCGGGGACGCUCCAGCAGCAUCUCUUUAUCGCCGGAGCGCAAUCAGGAUCACUUUGAGCAUCGGCGCAACAAGAACAGUGUGCAGAACAAGCGGCAGUAUCGCAAUAAUCGCGGUGAUUCGGCUAGUUCCAUGGAGCGUGGCAAUGAUCGCGGCAGGCAGUUUGGCGGCGGAGGAGGCGGCGGUCGUCGGGGAGGCGGUAACAGACGCUUCUCGCCACGCGGACGCAGUCCCAUGCGACAGGAUAAUGGAGGCGGAGGCGGCAAUCGCUUCCAGCGCUCCAAUUCGCGACGCAGAUCGAGAUCCCGGCGGCUGUCCCGCUCGCCCAUGCGCUAUUCUCGCUCGCCCAGACGCUUCAACAAUCGUCGCCGUUCGCCCAUGAUGAACUUCCGAGGCGGCGGUCGCGGUGGCGGACGCGGCGGCGGUCAUCGGCAGAUGUGGCAGCAUCGCGGCGGCUCACCGAACUUCCGUGGCGGAGGCGGCGGUCGCAUUCACUGGCAGGCCAGGCACAGUCCCGGCGGCGGAGGACGCGGCGGCGGUGGAAUGGGCCGCUUCGAUAGACGACAGUCGCCGCAGCAGAAUCGCUAUAAUCGCGACCACCGCCAGUCGCCGAUGCAGCAGCAGCAGCCUUUCCGCAAGCAAUUCUCGCCGCAUCCGGGACAGGGACGUCGCUUCUCGUCGCCGCAGCAGCGUCGCAAUUCGAGGGAUCGCCGUCCCAACUCCAGGGAAAGGCGCAGUUCGCCCGGCCACUUGAAUCGCUGGGACAACCCGCCGCCGGCCAGAAAUCGGCGUUCGUCGUCGGGCAGCUCGGCUGGAGGACGGCAGCAGCGACAGCGCAGCCCCAGUCCGCCGGAGAAGCGCGGACGCAGCCGCAGUCGCAGCCAGAGUCGCCAGAGGAGCCGCAGUCGCUCCAGUUCGCGGCGCAGUCGCAAGCGGGAGAGUCCAGUUGGACGUUCCUCGGUUGAGUUCACUGGCCCGGGUGUAAAAACCAUCGAUCUCUGCAUCGAGGAGCUGCGCAAGGCGGAGAAGCGAGAAACCAUAAUUGUGCUGGACGAGGCUCCUCCUCCGGCGGCGGCCGCCGUGCGCAGCAGCUACGCCAGUCUGUCCCGCACGCCCUCUCCGUUCCUUAAGCCCCACGAGCGACUGGCUGCCAAAGCGGCUGCGGCGGCGGCACCAAAGAAAUCCCGCGACCAGAGCCAGAGCAGCAGCUCCGACAGCAGCGCCGACAGCGAUGAGAGCGAGGAGCAGCAGCCGCGUCGCAAGAAGCAGCCGCCGAAUGUGGAGGCGGCCAAGAAGAAGGCGCGACGCAGCUCGGAAAGCUCAUCGAGCAGCGAACAGAGCGACGACGAGGACAACUCCAGCGGGGAUGAGAGGCUCAAGAAGAAGCUGCAGCAGCAGAAGGAGAAGGAAAAGGAGAAGGAGGCGGCUGCGCUGAAGGAGAAGGAGAAAUCGCGCGAGAAGGAGAAGGACAAGCGGCGCUCGGAGUCGACGAGCAGUCGCAAGCGUAGCCACAAGAAAGGCAACGGCAACAGCGACUCCGAGGACGAGCAUUUGCCCAAGAAGAAGCGCAAGAAGGCCAAGAAGGCGGCGGAGUCGAGCGACAGCGAUUCCGAGGCCUCGUCCAAGCGCAAGAAGCAUAAGAAACACAAGAAGCACAGCAAGAAGAGCAAGAAGCAUAAGAAGCACAAGCGGAAGAGCAGUGCCGGCAAAUCGCGGGCGGACAGCAGUUCGCAGGGCAGCAGCGAUGAGGAGGAGCAGCAGCAGCAGCAGCCGAAGAGGAAUGGCAAUGCGGGCAAGCUGCCGCUCCUGUUGCCGGGAGCAUCCGGAACCGGGGUCAUUAACGAGGAUCUCGAGAAGCAGCUGCGGGAACGAGCCCUCAAAUCGAUGAAGAAACUGGACUGAACGACAGACUAUAUAAGCGAGAAUGAUUGCCCAACAUACUGACCCUGUUCCACACUCAUCAUCCAUCCCCUCAUCGUGAAUCGUAAAUCGCAAAUCGGGGAUAAUGAAUCACUCGCUUUCACAGACAGACGUACGUAGCCAUUAAAAUAGAAAUAUACAUUUAAACCAACUAUACAUUCAUUAACUGCAUACAUUGUAUUUCUUAAAAAUGUAUUUCACAUACCGUUAAGUUCUUUCGCCUAAACAACAGAAUGAGUAGCGUCUAAAUUAGCGAGCCAACAUUAAGCGAAUGAAUACAGUUUGUAUUAUGUACAAAAAAAUUAAAAAAAAAAAACUGAAUUAACCAUUAUAACUAUUUAGCCCCCAGUGGUUUUAAAUGCGUAAAUUCCCGUAUAAAAGCAUAAAGAAAAACAAAAACGAAAAAAACAAAGCAAGGAUAACACAUAAACCAGAGUAAAUCCGUUUGGCAAAUUGUAUUGUUGCCGCAGUUUAAUUUAUAAGUAGGUUUUACAGAUUGUAAUUAAUAAUGCCUAAAGCGCGAAUUGUGUGUUUUGAGGGGCAUUAACUAAAUGAGAAAAUAAACACAAUUGUAAAAUUACCAAAAAUAUAA